AUGGAUAGCUUUGUGGUGGGUCGGAAUUUGGAGUCAAGGGACCACCAUGGUGGCCGCACAACGGCCACCAAUGACCCCAGCGGAAAUGUUGCCGAUGCGGGCAACUGCAAUGGGCACCUCUGCACCAUUUCCUGUCAUCAGUCAAAAACACCACAAGCCGGGCGUUCACCGGACGUUUGCAUCUCACCCACUGAACUAAAACUGCCGACCAGCACUCUGGUUGACAGCCCCCAGGAUGCAGGUAUGCCAAAGGCUGAUAUUAAGUUAUUGCUUAAUGCUGACAGCCCCUAG